AUGGUUCCCGAUCACGGGAAAAAAUGGGUUUUCGAAUCUAUAAAUGCAAGUUGGCAUGGUCAUAAAUGUAGGGUAAAGCAAAAGCACUACUAUGCACAUGAAACUGAUGAGAAAAGGUGGGAAAAUCGUCCAAAAACAGUUUCCGAUUCUCAAUUUAAAGAUCUUUUGGAAUACUGGAAUUGUUCACUAAUCGAGAAAGAAGCAAAAAUUAAUAAAGGCAAUCGUGGAUCACUAGAUGAUAUGCAUACUAUGGGUCCGAAGUCAUACGCAAUGUUACGUCAUAAGUUGCAACAAGAGGAUCCGGAUAAGCAAGAGCCUUCACAAGAAAAGGUCUACAAAGAAUCGAGGAAAAGAAAUCCUGAAAAGACAUACCUCACCAACAACGAAAAAUCUAUAUCCAAUAUUGCCAAGAUGGAUGCUUUACAAAGUGUUGAACAUGGAGAAGAUGGUAACACUAAGGAUCAUUACUCUGAAGUCAUACAAGAUCCUGUACGCAAAAAUCGUGUACGCCUUUAUGGAAGAGGUGUAACGAAGACUGAUUUGAAAAAAAAGGAUACAAAUUCGGGUUUCAUAUUUCCACAGGAGUUUUUACAAAGUAUGGAGACUCAAUUGGUGCAAAAGCUAGCACCGAGCAUGGCAUCUGUCAUUCUUUCUCAAAUUCAAGCCGCUAAUCCAGGAGUAGAGCUUGUGAUUCCUGACUUUUCAAUUGGUACAAAACCAAAGGAUGCAUCUAGAGAUCAACAUCCAACUAGUGACACCAAUGAGCAAGCUUCUAAUGGCCCUCAAUUGUUAGAUUGUGAGGUACCAUUUUUAAGUCUUAUUUUUCUAUGA